AUGCAGAAGUGUGCGCGUGAGGAAUGUGGGAAGACGGUGUACCCAAUGGAGGAGCUGAAGUGCUUGGACAAGAUAUGGCACAAAGGCUGCUUCAAAUGCACCAGCUGUGGAAUGACUUUGAACAUGAAGAACUACAAGGGAUAUAACAAGAUGCCUUAUUGUGAUCCGUAAGUAUCAUUUAGAAAGCCUUUGUAUUUUGUUGUGUUUUAGCCAUUACCCGAAGACCGUUGCAACUUCAGUUGUCGACACACCAGAUAUGCAGAGAGUUGCGCAAAACACAAAACUUCAAAGUCAAGUGAGUUGAACUCUGUCUACGAUAUUACAUAUUCGAAUGCAAAAUAGAAUUGUCAUCCUUAUCCUAGGUUGCCUACCACCUUGAGUACGAAAAGAAUAAGGGUCACAAAACAGAUAUCGUUGAUGAUCCAGAGCUGAAACGGCACGCACAGAACACUAAGAAUGCGUCCCAAGUCCUCUAUACAGGAGAAAUCGACAAGAAACAGAAGCAAGAACUAGUUCGGCCAAAGGAAGAUCCCAACGCUGCACCCAGUGAGUUGAACUUUCCUGUUAAAGUUAAAAUAUACGACUUGUCCGUCUGGCGAACUUUCGAUGCUUGCUAACCCUAUUUCCCAUCAGUGUUAUGCCUUUAACACCUAUUAGGAUCUGUUGUUAUGCUAUACGAGCAGUUGAUCUAGAAAAGAUAAUUGUUGAUCUUUUUAUCGAAGGAAUUGUUGUCCCGGUGUCUCUCAUGCUUCUUUAACCCUCAAAAAGUUAAUGACCUCACGGCCUCAACUGCCACAAACAUUCUCCUUUACCUCAAGCUUUAAUUGACCUUUUAUCGCAAGCUUUAAGCCCACUUGAUGCUAUCUCACCAUCUUUUCAUUGUAAUUCUUACGCACUGAAUAAACUCUUGUAAUCCCAACCUUCCUUGUAGUGCUAUACGCAUCCGACUAUGCCCAGUUAUAUUCGGAAAACGAAACCGAUGAAGGUUGUUACUCCGACGAGCAUUAUGAGCAGAAUAAUAACAUAAAGAGUUCUCCUGUGUCCAGUUGUUCUUCAUUAAGUCGUCCAAUGGAAAGUUGUGGAGUGAGUGAUUUUAUACUAAUACUGUGUUACCGUGUUAUUUUCGGCUCUAAUACGAUUAUCUCCGUAUAACCUUGAAUAAUCAUUGUGAUCUUUGCAGUCCGUGUAUGUUAACCAUCAUUUGGCUGAUAAGGAGUGCUUUGCAACUACCGUAUGGAGCAGUCACGAGAUUAUUCGACAUGGUAAUGAAGUGUUUUCUUUUUCUCUUACAUUUUUUCUAUAAAUAACUGUUUUGCAGUUGAACUGACACAUAAAAAUGUCCGAAAAAAAUUAAAUCAUCAUAGUCGCUCCCACAAUUUUAUAUAAAAACUUUAGAGGAGGAGCCCAAGAAGAUUGGAAGCAUCUCCGAUUAUGAUCCCGUAAAUGGAAAUUUUGGAAGUCUUGGAGGAAAGCAAGGUACGUAAAGUUCCAUAAAAAUUCCAAUAUCUCCAAAAUAAAUCAAACUUUCCCUUUGCAGCCGAACCGGUCGCAGUUUCCCCAACACCUUCAACUGGAAGCGAGAAGAAGGUGAAAAAGGUAAAGAAGUCAACAAAGAACGCCGGAUUCUCCGUCAAAUGCCUUUACGAUUAUACCGCCGCCGAUUCAGAUGAGGUAAAUUGGGACCUUUUUGAAAUGAUGACGAUGUUCUUAAAUCUUUUUAAAAAAACCGUCCGACCUAAAGUUGCCGUAAUUUUACCCAAAAAUUUUAGAUUUCAUUCAAAGAAGGUGAUAUUAUCGUAAACUGCCAGACAGUGGACGAAGGGUGGAUGACAGGAACUCAUCAGAAAUCGCUUGCUCAUGGAAUGUUACCAGCUAACUACGUCGAGAAGAUCAGCGUCCCCACUGGUGCCUACAAACUCUCCUAA